AUGGAUUCCACCAACAGUGGGAGCAUCCAGUCCUCAAGCAGCGGCGACGAUUACUACGACUCCCGGGCCGAAGCCAUCUCCUCCUCCUUGAACCUUCCACCCCAACCACCACCACCACCACCACCACCACCUUCCUCUUCCCACCACCUGCACCACCACCCUUCUCCUUCCUCCUUCAUCUCUCUACCGCCUCACGUCAACAUCUUCCCUUCCACGCCGCCCGACCCCAACCCCUUCAAUCUUGACAUGACAUGGGCUAGAUCUCUUCCUCCAUCAUCACUAUUAGAACACGAUUGCACCAUCCUUGAUGGCUUAACCACCACCACCACCCCAUCAUCAUCAUCAUCAUCGAAAACUAUGGCGGUCGCUGCUCUCGGUCGCAGUCUACCUUCAGGCAGCAGUAGCCUCAACCCCUCGGUGCAACUACCAACACAGCCUGCUCAACCCACCGCCACCACUCGAGGCUCCAAGAAGCGGCCACGGGCAUCCCGGCGCGCACCCACCACCGUCCUCGAGACCGACACAUCCAACUUCCGUGCGAUGGUGCAAGAGUUCACCGGCUUCCCUGCAGCUCCCUUCAUUUCCUCCCCAUUCUCCCGCCCUCGGCUCGACCUCUUCCCUGCAGCCACCGCUACUGUCCCAGCUUACCCGUUCGGGCCCCUUGCUCAAAACCUCCGAGCUCCCCUCUUUGCUCCCAUCUCUUCUUCCUCCUCCUCUAUGGCUCAUGUUGCUGCUUAUUUUAGUAGAAACAGUGUUGCUAACGCAAACACUAGUGCUGCAUCUACUCGUUCUAACACAAGCUCAAGGAGUACUACUUCGUCUAAUAGCUACCAGUUGCCUUCUACUGUUCUUCAGCACCCAAAUCUACUGCAUAUGAAAAGCCCAGACUUCACCUUCCAAUCCUCUCUCCAACCUCGAGCCCCUCCCUGCCACAAUUCAUCCACUAUGCCCGCCUUUGAAGCGAGCCCACCGCUAGGCCCUUCGGACCUUGCCGCUGAGGGUCUAGGGAGCCUCAGCGCCGUGGAAGGCCUGAAACUGAGCAGGAGGGCUGAUGGAUUCUCGGGCUGGGCUGAUGGCUUAGCGUCAGAGGGCAGGGAUCGAUCCCAGUUCAGGUCGGCCAUCGGAAACUACGACAACUUGCAGCAGGUUAGCAAUACCACGCAGAGAAGGGAUCCGAGAGCAUGA